CGCCUCGCCGCGAGCUGCGCGUGGAGCACAAGGCGCCUGCCUUCGGAGCAAUCAAGCGCGGGCUGUCUGGAAAGUCACCUGCCCCCAAAGCUCCUCCCCUUUUCUCAGCCUGCCCAGCCCGGCGGUGGCACGCCUGGAGCGAGUCGCCUUCUGGCACGCGCGGGGCGUCCGGUGAGUUCAGCGCGUUCCAGCUGGCUUGCUCUGGGCAGCCGACUCUCUGCUCUCCCGCUGCGCUCCAAGGCGGGGACUGAGAGAGUCAUGAAUCCAUUAAUGAACUCCGCGCGCGCGAGUUCCAGCGGGGACCAGGCUUGCCGUUCCAAGCCCUCGCCUCUCCUCCUCCCCACCUCCCUUUCCCUUCGCGUUCUGUGGUUCUGGUCACUGGGACUGAUUAAUGAAUCAUGAGGUGGCUGCUGUUAAUGCAUUUAUCUGGGGCAGACUGUACCGCAGCCUUCAGCCUUAACACUGUGGGGUGAAUCGAGAGAGCGCUUCCAGCUUUCGUUGUGUGCUCCAACACCUGCAGCCGACCCCACUGUCUGCCAGAUGGAUAGAUCCUGCAGCCCAAGAACCAGCGCUCUCCAUGGCUCCUGAGGAGGGAGUGCAUUCCACAGUCCAGGAGCGGCUACAGAAAAGGCCCACCUCUGAGUCGCCACCAGAUGCAUCAGUGGUAACUGGAGACGGACCUCAUCAGAGGACCUUAACGUGUGGUGGGGAUCAUGCAGAAGAAGGCGCUCUCUGAGAUAGACUACAAAAUAUGUAACAGAUGUUGCCAGUCAAAGGCGUGGGAAGGACAGAAGCCCUAAAAGAAAGAAAGGUGCUUGAGAAAUCCAUUGCUGCUUUGACCCCAGUUCCAUCAGCUGCCUCCUCAAGAGGAAAUGUGCACAUUGUUUCAUCAGCCAAGCACAACAGCAUUUUGCACUGAUCAUUCCUUUAUCUCCACAUGGCCUUUCUACUAGUGUCAGCAUACCUUUUGCUGACUCGUGCCCAUGGUGCUCCAGUUGAGAAUGGGGUCCUUAUGGAGACACUGAAGUCCCAAGGCCUAUUGUUCAGCAAUAAAAGUGAACACUAUUCGGCACAAGUGAGACCUCCUGGAACAAACAGACGAAUACCUCAGACAAUCAUCAUUGGAGUUCGUAAAGGAGGGACCAGGGCCUUACUUGAAAUGUUGGAUGUUCACCCAAACAUUGUGGUAGCAGCUACUGAAGUUCACUUUUUUGACUGGGAUGAGAAUUAUUUGAAAGGAAUAGACUGGUAUAGAAGCCUGAUGCCAUUUUCAUAUGAAAAUCAAAUAACUAUUGAGAAAACACCAGGCUAUUUUACUUCACCACAGGCUCCCUUAAGGAUUCAUGAUAUGAAUAGCUCUAUUAAACUGCUGCUUAUUCUAAGAGACCCCACAGAGAGAGUUAUCUCUGAUUAUACCCAAGUCUAUUACAAUAGACUGGAAAGUCACAAGCCUGUUCAACUCUUUGAAGACAUUGUUAUUAAAAACGGAGCACUUAAUACCAGAUACAAGGCUAUCCAGAGAAGCCUGUAUGACAUCCAUAUGGAGAGGUGGCUUCAACAUUUCAGCCUGGAUCAGAUUCACAUAGUCGAUGGGAAUACUUUAAUCAAGGACCCUCUUCCCGAAUUACAAAAAGUAGAAAGAUUUCUUAACCUGCCUUCUAGAAUCCUGUCUUCAAAUUUUUAUUUUAACCAGACCAAGGGGUUCUAUUGCAUCAGGAGUGAUGGAAGAGAGAGAUGUUUACAUGAAUCAAAAGGGCGUCCACAUCCUGUUGUCAACAGUACUGUUUUAGAGCAACUGUACUCCUAUUUCAGAGAGCACAAUGCAAACUUUUAUAGAAUGAUUAAUCAUUCUUUUGACUGGCAUUAGCAACUUUUCUUUGGGGUCGGGUGGAAGAAAGGAUUUUUUUUUUUUAAUGUCUUCUGGUAAAGUAUUUUCAAGCACUUCCUGAUGAACUCUGGGUUGCAAUUGCCCUGACAUGAAGACUAGAGUUUGCUUCCCUGGGAUAUAACACUAGGAGUCCAUUGCAUUAAUGGCACACUCUUCUUUAGUGUCAGUGGGGGGGAAAUAGGCUUAACGUUGGCUCUUAACUAUUGUGAACUUGAUUGCACCCGUCCAAGUCCACUGACUUAAAUGGAGUUAUUUCAGAUUUACUCUUGUAUAGCCGAGCUGACUCAUUUCUUUCUUUUUAUUCAGAAUUUAUGAACAAAUGGCAUUCUACAGAAAAUCAUUCCUUAAUUGAAUUAAGGAAUUUAUGAACAAAUGGCAUUCUACAGAAAACCAUUCCUUAAUGUUAAAAAAAAAAAAUGUGUAACUGAAAUUGUAUUAUUCUAACCUUCAGGUUUUGUUGGUUGCUUUUAUUUUUCUAUCCAACUCCAUGACAUUGGGAUUGAUUUCUAGAACUUUCCAUACAGUUAAAUAAUUAUAUAUUAGAAGGGAGAAAGGAAGUGGUUAUGUUUAAUUAUUAUUAUUUAUUUAUUUAUUUAUUUAUUUAUUUUGUUAGAAAAAAAUUAUUGUAAAGUAUAUCCCACUUAAAGGAGCCUAAAGUUUGACUUUUUGUUUUUGAAUGGUUAAAAGUUUGAUCUCUGAUAAAGCUCCCUAUAUAGGAGGGUCUUUUAAUUAAUACAUGUAUUACCCACAUGGGCAAUACAUCACUUAACCUGUUUGAAUAAAUAUUAAGCUUUUCAUAUUCCCAGUGCAAACAAAUGAGGGCUCUAAAAAUAAUCCCAUGUUACACAGUAGACAUCAAAAUUACACAAGUGUCCAUUUAAUCACACAAACCAUGAGCCACUUUUUUUUUUUAAAUACCUUUCAUCAGUACACAGAUAUUAGUCUUGUUUGUAUUUUGUAAGCAGUUGUUCCAAUAGUUUAUAGAACUAAUUUGGCAUAAGGUUUAUUGGGGGGUGAGGAGUUUAAUUGCCUGCUCUCCAAACUGUGGAGUAAUUUUUGUAAUAUCUAUUUGCAGAUCAUAAGAUGUACUAAGAGUGCAAAGUAACUUCAUGUGGUAUUGUGUACUAUACACACAGUAUUCAAAAUAUCAACUAUAGGUUUCUGAUUUAUCUAUAAAAAUAGAAGUCUUCAUGAAUGCAUUAUGAUUUGUUUAUAAUAUAUUUUUACUUGACAA